CUACUAUAUAACUAGGCUGUAUGGACCACAUACUUUGCCUGCGUAUUUUGUGCAAAUAAAAAAAAUAAUUACAACUAUCAAUGUCAUGUUAUAUUGUUAAUUGUCAGUGUGAAAUUAUAUUGUCAAAUUCAAAAUCAAAGUUUAAACGACCAAACGUAAAACAAUUUUUAAUUUUACAAAAUUAAAAUAAAAAAUAUUUACAAUUGUUUAAAUGACAAUAGAAAAUAAUUAUAAUAUAACGAAUGUGAAACAUUUGCCAUUGUAUAAUCAAGACGUAUUUCGCAAUACAAUCAUAAUUUUCCCGCGCUGGAAUUGAAAGUGAAACUUUCACGGUGUACACAAUAAUAAAAUGUUAUCUACCGGUGAUUUAGAAAGGCUCAUUAUUAUGAAAAGGCGUGAGAUUGAGAAAGAGAAAAUGCUGCUUGGAUUAGCUUCGCGUCCUGUAAAUACUGAUGUGAAAGAACACGCAACAAAGAAUGAGGAAGAGCAAGUGAACUCCACUGAAAGCGUGAUCCUGAGCGAAAAUGGUGCAAAAGCAGAAGACAAGAAAGAAAGAGACAAUGAUACACCGCUGGAACAGAGCAUACCACCCGAUUUAGAAAGAUAUAUUAGGCGUUACCUCGGCUUGCCAGUGAUGCUGAAGGCGGGCGAGUAUUCCCCGAACAACCCGCUCAUCCGCGGCGAGAGGAGCUCGGGCGAUGUGCUGCUAGGGCUCGGCGAGUACGAACGGAGGCGGAACACGCUGCGCAAGCUGAGGCAGCAGCAGUACAGAGAGUAUCUCGACCAGCAAGCGAAAAAGAAACAAGAGGCCAAAGAAAAUGCGGAGAGGGAGCGUCGCGAGCGGGAGGAGAGGGAAAGAGAGCUAGAAGAGAGGGAAAGAGAGCGGGAAGAGAGGCAGAGGGAGAGCGAGACUCUAAACCGACAGCAGUACAACCCGGACACGCGACGAGCCAGUAUUUGUUAUGGCACAAACGAUGCGUAUUAUUCCAAUAAAGUGGACACGGGCGUACAAGUGGACAGCAUCACGAGCCCGCUCUCAGUCGCCGUACAGACAGAAGAUCAUGACUUUUUCCAUUGUAUUUCACAGUUGCCACUGUCCCCGUGUAAGACUCGCUUGACAGAAGCGGAGCGCGAGCUGUCCCCCCGCACAGUGGACGGGCGGGGUGGAUGCGGUCCGGGGACAGCCGGCUGGGGGCGGCCGGGGGACAGCAGGCGCCGCAGCUGCGGAGACUACGACAGUAAGUCGGGCGGUCGGCUGCGGCGCGAGGGUGGACUGCUGGACGCGGACGCUAUACACCGGCGGAACUUGCAGGCCGAGAAGGAAGCGGCCGAGCGUCGUCUGUUCUACCAACAAGAGCUCAGGAACCAAAUCCUGGAGCAACAGAGAAUAAAAGAAGAGAGAAAGACGAGAGAGAAGAUGCUAGAGCAAGCAGAGAUGCGUCGUCUCGAGGAACAGUUGCGGAUGCUGCGACUGGCGCACGAGAGGGAGAUAGGGAAGCAACACGAGAUUAACAACACUAUGAAAGACGAAGCGUUAGAUUUCACGAAAAAACGUUCAGAACUCCAAGAUGAGAUUGACACUGAACAAAAGCGUUUACUCCGCGCCGUCACGCAGCCCGUCGCCGCCAAACGGAACGUAAUCACCUCCAGGAGCGACACAAACCCACCCAAACUGCAAUCCUACUACGCACGGGACAAAGAAAAACCAUUCUCGACUAACAUACCGGACAAUUCCAUCUUCUCCCCGAACUACGACGUCGACACUUACCUAAGAAGGAAUCUUAAUUUCAAAGACAACGUUUUAAAGAAUCGACUAGAUAAUGUAAAAAACCGUGGCAUAGACAUAGAGAGUAUUGGCGAGAGAAAGUACAACGAGAAAUCAAGAAAUUUCGACAAAAUACUCGAACGGUCCAAAGAUACCGCGAAGAGGAACGUAACGCGUCCGUCCGACAUCGAAGAUAGUUUGCCCAUACCUGUUCUACGACAUUCGCCCGUAACACAAUCGGAUAAAGUCGAAAAUACUAAUUUGAGUGAUGCAAUGAAAUUAGUCGACGAUAAAUGGAAAGUGCCUGCUGUACAAAAGAAUAUAUUGAAGUCGUUGCCCAACGACGAAGGUAAGAAUAUUAGUAUAUUGACCCAGUUGGGGUCCAUAAGGAGGCAACUACAGUUGGAGCAAUUGAAACUGGAUAGAAUGAAUAAUGAUGAGUUUUGAUUUCAUUCACUCAUUCGUUCGUUCUUGUGUACUAAGUAGGGGUAAUUAAUAUACAGCAAUAUCUAUAUAUUGGUCCAAUAACGAAUAUGUUAAAAGUCUGUUAUCCAAAAAAUAUAGAUAACAAACUUUUAACAUAUUCGAAAAUAGAUAUCAAGACCGAGAUAUUGACCACAACAGAAUAACAGCGUUUUGCUCUUUUUAGGGCAAAGCAAAAAGCUGAGUUGUGGCCAUUUUGUAUUACUGUGGCACACGCAUGAAGAAAAAAAAUUGUUACUAAUUUUAUGCAUUCUGAUUUUGUUUUUGUUUUUUUAUUUUUUGUACAUGUAACUUUUUUUUAUCUUUUUUCACUUUGCAUUUGUGUCUGUUGCUGUCUGUGUGCUGUAAGUAAUGCAAAUAAUACAAGUAGUCAUUGGAACGAUAUAAUAAAUUCAACAACUUAUUCAAUUAAUAAUCUAUUUAGUUUUGUAAUAUUUAUAUGCGAUAGUUACCACAUUCCCUCGGCUUAUUAGCAUGAGUAUAAAAUGGCGGGUAACAUGGAUAACUGAUUUAUUGUAAGCCAAGUAAUUUUACUACAAGCGAGAUAAAACACAAGCUAGUAUAUCUACCUGUAAUUUAUAUCUAGAAUAAGUUUACUAUUGUGAUCUUUUGGAGGAAACAAUAAAGCGUAUCUAUCUAUCUCUCUCUAAUGACGCGCACUCAAUGGUAUGUGCUUAUGAGGACAGGAGCUAAUAGAUUGGUUACUUUUAUUUGUAAUGUAGAGUGCCAAAAUAAGGUUACCUUAAAUUCAGAAAACCUACUAUAAUAUUGUUUUUUUUUUUUUAAAUAUGUUUAUAUUACAAUUUCUCAAUAUAUUGUUUUAAUUUAAUUAUAGUUAUUAAGCAUGUAUCUUGUUUUUGUAUUCUGAUUUUUAAAACUGUUUCACUUCUAUUAGAUUACAGUACUUUUUAUGUACAGAUAAACAUGUAAUACCCAUUUUAUUUUAUAUAGUUUUGUUAUGUUUAUAAAAAUCAAAGAAAUCGUUGCAUGUGCAUGAUAUAAACUUACCAAGUUCAGUUUCUAAGGAAAUCUUUAAUUUUUUUUUUUAUAUUUAAAUUCACACAAUCUAACUAUAUUGUCCAUAAAUAAAAGUGUCAAAUGUUUAAUGAAGGUUUCGAAGUAUUGAAAUUGUUUUGUCUCUUUUGUCUAGCUUAAUACUUGGUAUACAGAAAGGGACAAAACAUUUAUAAUAGUUAUGUUUAUAUGAAGAUUUCUUUUUUAUAACUGGAUGGAAAUGUUAAUUUUUUUUUGAAGGUCAGCUUAUUCAGAGUAAUUAUUAUUUAUGAUUAUAUUCUAAGAUGGCCAAUUACAGGUGAGGUUGGCUAAUCCUAAAAAUUAGAAAGUAAAUAAAUUAAGACAAAUUAAUUAAUAUCAGUAGUUAAUUAAUAUAAAAAUCUAAUUAAUAUUUAAAGUAAUCAACGAAUAUAAUAACUAUAAUAAUAAUAAUAUACGAAUGCACUAGUAAGAGAGUUGAUACAAACUGUUUUGUCUGAAAUUGAUACUUUGGUAAUCUCUCUCUUGCUGUUAUCAAUUUUAAAUUUUAAUAUUUUUUAAUAAUCACCUAUCUAUACUUACAAUUAAUGAUUGGAUUAUACCUUUAUUAUUCUCGUAAUAUGGUCCACAUAAUUUGAAAUUACCAAUAAAUUAAUUAAUAUAUUAUAUAUUAAAUUAUAUAAUAAUAAAUUAUAAUAAAUGAUGAUUGAAAUUCGGAAAAGGCAAGCAGUAUAGCUACUUCGAAAUGUGAAUAGGAAUAAAUUAAUUAUGGAAAUCAAUUUAUUUUUUUCAUAUUUUUUUACAAAGUACCCAUAAGUACUUUUACUUUUUACCCAUAUAAAUUGUCCAAUAAUAAUAAUUUUUUGUUCAAAAAGAUAUGUUAUGUAAAUAAGUAUACGUAUUUUAAGAGAAUCAACCAUUAUUGAAAUACAAGCAAUAAGUGUAAAUGCAAUCAAACGAAUCAUACCAUAGACAAUCUGCUGAUGUCCAAAAGUAGUACAAAUUAAUCUAUUAAUUUAUUUUGUUUUGUUACUCAUUUAAAAUAUAUUUCUGUGCUAGUUCUGACAAAACUUAAUUACUUUUUUAAUUAUAUUCCAUUAAAUACACUAUAGUUGAUUCGUUUAAGUAUUAAAAAUUCAUACACAAUUUUAGUAUAUAGCCCUGAUAUUUGUAAACCUUAGCAUAAAAAUAUAAAAUCUUAUUUGAGAAAUCAGUUUAGCGUACAAUAGGGUUGAUCGAUAUAUCUAAAGAAGGUAUAGCCCUUAAAAUUUAUAAAAAAAAAAAGAAAUAAUAACCACGGUGAAACUAGCUUCAUAAACAACUACUAGUAGAUACUUUUUCGUCAUAAAUACAUACAGUAGUGCCAAAAUUAAUCUUCCUUAUUAAUAAACUGGUACGACAUUGAACAUUUUCAUAUACAGGUCGAUAAUUUGUAGCAUACUUUUACAAGAUUCUAUAAGUGGAACUGAACGUUUCUUCCAAUAAAAGAUGGAUUGAAAAAUUAAAAAAAAGUAUGUACCUAAUAGAAAAUCUAGAGUUGGUAGUAGUAAGUAGUACUACUAACUUGACAGCUGUGUGCAUCAUUGUUUUAAUAUGAGAAUUAAAAAUUUUGCCGUUUUCUAUCCAUUAUUUUUUGGAUAACAAUGUACAGUUUCGUUUGUAGCACGUUCCCUUCAGAGGGUGCUAAUAAUGUCGACUUUACCUUGCAUAUGUAAACACACGGUGCACGAAUUUAAAUUCAAAAUGUGUGUAAUUUACAAUAAAUUUAUUACCUAUUGCUAUCAUUUUAGAUAUCAAUUUUGACAGCUUCUAGUUGUACUUGAAAUAGUUGCAAUUUUAAAAUUAAGCCUGGAAUGUGUCCCAAAAGUCAUGUCAUGCGUUUUGUAAUUGAAAAAUCAUGUAUAGAAUAAUUAGGAAUAAUUUUCCUAAUAAUACAUAAAAAUUUUAGGUUUCAAACUGGAUGUAGUCUAUGUCUUAAUUUGCAAUCUCUUAUUAUAAAAACGUUAGGAAAGAUAUUUCAUGUACUGUUAAAUUUUAUUUGUAUGAAUGGUUUUUUUUUUAAAAACCUAACUUUAGAAUUACUUAUAUCUUUGUCUAAAGAGUUGUUGUCCUAAUGUAUAUUAAUUUUGUCGCACAUGCAUCGUGAAUGUUACGCGAUAUUUUAGUCAAUUGUGGACCGAUUUUAAUUACUCUUUUUAAUUUAUUAUUAUUUUUAAUAAUUGUUCCAUACAAAUAUGUGUAAAAUUUGAUUGGUCUUAUUUAACGCACAAUAUGAGUUCCAAAAGACUGUGAAUGUAAUAUAUAAGUAAGCAGAAAGGAUGUUGAGCUUGGAAUUGGAAAGUGAGACUAAAAUAAGGAAUUGAAUGUGUAUUUUUAUAGUGGUUAAUUAUAUUUUUACAUGCUUUUAGUGAAUAUAAUGUUGCCAAUUUUUUAUUAUAAAUGCACCCAAUAGAGGCUUACAUACUUGUGAAUUUGUUUCGAAUUAUAAAUAGUUUAUAAAGAAUUCCACAAGUGUUAAGUUUGAUAGAAGCUUAGUUCAAUUUGUACGAGUUAUAAAAAAUAAAUGCCAAUAUAAUUUGAAA